AUGUGCAAUGAUUUUAUGAAAAAUACUGCUCUGGAAACUCUUGGAACACUUCUAUUGCAGUGUCCACCAGUUGUGGAAGAGCACGAAACCUUGACAUCCCACAGUGGUGUAGCCUCUGCAUUCACUGCAGGUCUCCUGGCUGAAUUGAAUCUGAAUACAUCAACACCGGAUGCUUUUCGGGCCCCUCCUGCUCCGUUGCCAUAUGAUGUGGUUUUGGGAUGUCAAAGAUCAUCAAAUUCUGAAUCCUUUAGAGAAACAAUUAGCAGCGGCAGUUUUGAAACUUUGGCUACAUAUGAGGAUCUUGAGGAUCCAGAUUGCAAAGCUCUACCAAGUUCUUUACCCCUGUCGCCAAAAAAGCCAGAAAUAUCAGAAGCAAGUGAAAAUGCUGUUUCAGCAUCUGAAGAAGAGGACGCUUGUCCCAUUUGUCCUGAAGAAUACGACUCUCAAAAUCCAAGAUUUCUGACGAAAUGCGAACAUCCACUGAAAGCUCGUCAACUUAGUGGGCUGCAGUUGCAUGUAAGCUUCGUCUCGCAACUGCUCAGUCGAGUGUUCUCACAGACACUUUUUAAUAUUGGUCUUGAUUAGUUUGAAGGUUCGAAAUAGCGAUUGCCUGUGGGAAGGUCAAAAGUAGAAAAAUGGACUUUUAUUGCUGCACAAAAACAAAUUGGCAGCUCAUUGUUAAUACUUUAGCUGUUAGUUUUCAAGUGAAAUUGCAGAUAGACACAUGUUCAUCAAGGGAUCUCAGGAAAAGGAACCUGUGAGAAAUUUUCUGCUAACAAAUGGUCAGUUAAUUACAUACCUUUGCUCAUGUAUUUACUUGUAUGCUGCAUUCAAUCGGGCCCCCUCUCUUACUUAUGGAGAUUAUUUUGUAAAUAGAAUACGUUAGGCUUUGUUUGUGUUAGUGUUAUAGAAUGAUCAAUGAAAAAAUAUAAUGUGUUCAAUUUUUUGUUUUA